GAUCAAUCCUCCAUUUUCCAACACACAGCGGCGGCAGUGCUAACACAGCUCCGGCAGCGAGAGAGAAGAGAGCCACCCCUCUACCUGGAGAGGAAGCCAGGGACCGGGGGCAGUCAUGGCAGCGAACAUGUACCGGGUUGGAGAUUAUGUUUAUUUCGAGAACUCGUCCAGUAACCCACUGCUGAUCAGGAGGAUAGAGGAGUUGAACAAGACAGCCAAUGGGAACGUGGAGGCCAAAGUGGUGUGUUUUUACCGGCGCAGGGACAUCUCCGGCACACUCAUCGCCCUGGCAGACAAACAUGCAAGGGAGCUGGAGGAGGAGAUGGAGAAUCCAGAGAUGGCCAACCUCCCUGAGAAACAGAAACACCAGCUCAGACACAGAGAGCUUUUUCUGUCCCGACAACUGGAGUCUUUACCCGCCACACACAUCAGGGGGAAGUGCUGUGUGACGCUGCUGAACGAGACAGAAGCCCUGAAGUCGUACCUGGACAGAGAGGAUGCUUUCUUCUACUCGCUGGUGUAUGACCCUCAGCAGAAGACCUUGCUGGCUGAUAAGGGGGAGAUCCGUGUUGGGAACAAAUACCAGGCUGACAUCACUGACCUCUUGAAUGAAGGUGAGGAUGAUAACAGAGACCUGGAAAAACUAGAGGAGAAGGUCUGGGACCCGAACAGCGAGUUAACGGAGAAACAGAUCGACCAGUUCCUCGUGGUGGCUCGGUCUGUAGGUACCUUCGCUCGAGCCCUGGACUGCAGCAGUUCAGUCCGGCAGCCCAGCCUUCACAUGAGUGCUGCUGCAGCCUCCAGAGACAUCACCUUGUUCCACGCAAUGGACACCCUCCACGCCACAGGUUAUGACAUGACUCGAGCCAUUGCAGCUCUGGUGCCUCAGGGCGGGCCGGUCCUCUGCAGGGAUGAGAUGGAGGAGUGGAGCGCCUCUGAGGCCAACCUGUUUGAGGAGGCGCUAGAAAAAUACGGCAAAGACUUCACCGACAUCCAGCAGGAUUUUCUGCCCUGGAAAUCCCUGACGAGUAUUAUUGAGUAUUACUACAUGUGGAAGACCACAGACAGAUACGUACAGCAGAAACGAUUAAAAGCAGCCGAGGCUGAAAGCAAGUUGAAGCAGGUCUACAUCCCUAACUACAACAAGCCAAACCCCAACCAGCUGAGUAACAAUGUCAAACCGGCUCUGGUGAAUGGAGCGGCGGUCGCAGUGGUCCCAGGAGCUCCAGUCCCAGGGCAGACCCCCGGUCUGGGCCGGGCCUGUGAGAGCUGCUACACCAGCAGCUCCUACCAGUGGUACUCGUGGGGACCCCCCAACAUGCAGUGUCGUCUGUGUGCUUCUUGCUGGACCUACUGGAAGAAAUACGGCGGGCUGAAGAUGCCCACGAGACUGGAUGGAGAGAGACCUGGACCCAACCGCAGCAGCAUGAGCCCCCACGGCCUGCCCCUGCGGCACAGCGGCAGCCCCAAGUUUGCAGUGAAGACACGACAAGCUUUCUUCCUGCAGACCACCGCCCUGACGCGGAUGGCACGCCGCAUCUGUCAGGACAUCAUCAGGCCACGAUACCUGGCCAGGCACCCCUACCUCCCUGUCAACACAGUAGCCAUCAAGGCAGAAUGCGCCCUCCGGUUGCCUGAUGGACCGAAAAAGACUGUGUCACUGAAACCUGUGGAUCGUAAACCUCUGGAGUCAGUGGUUCGGUAUUUAGAAGCACAUCCCCGUCCAGCCAAACCAGACCCUCCGAUUCGUGGAGCGUCCAUCUCCACAGGCAGCCUGACGCCCAUAAAGUCCUCCCCCAUCCUCAACAACGGCUCUCCCACCAUCCUGGGCAAACGCACCUAUGAGCAGCACAACGGACUGGACGGCUCUAAAUCCAAAGGCCUGACUCCACAGUGGGACAUCAUGGCCAAACGGGUGAGCGAGGCGGCGCGGCCCUCGGUCUCCCUGCAGGACGAGGUACAUGAACUGGACUGAGCGCUCUGUGGGGACGACCUCGAACACAAACCACAGCGAGCAGUGGGGGACAUUUAAUGGAAAGGCGUUUUCCAAUGAACCAAUGGCAAGGGCAGCUGAUGGGAGUUGUAUCUGAAUGGAGACGACAGCAUGGCCACCUUUCUUCAGUCAGUACGGGUCUGUCACUCUGCUGAAGACCAAUCGAUAAUGGAUCAGUUUGGCUGUGGUCAAUCAGAAGAUGAGCCUGACUGUACAGGACUGUGUUUAUUACUUACAUUUCUCGUUAUAACUGUCAUUGUAAUUAUUGUUAUUGUUAUUAUAAUUUUUUUUUUACCAACUAUAACUCAGCUUAUUGUUUGUCAAUCAAACGAUGGAACUUGUGAAGUUUCAUGAAAAUGCUUGCAGAGCCCUGUGGAAGAGGGUGGAAGGACUGUAAAAUAAGCCACUUGCAUCUUCUAUGUUCUUUUUUUUUUUUAACAAGUUAAAUUCAACAAGGAGACGCACUUUGAUUUCAGCUACACAAGUUAACUCCUUGUCUUUUGUUUCAAUGAAUUUGAAUGCUUUACGGGAAAUCUUCUGUUUCGUGCGGAGGCCUUCUCUUGGCCCAGAGAGGUUUAACUUAUUGAGAAAGACUUGCUGUUUUUUCUACCUUUUUCACAAGCAGUGCAUCUUCGCUUAGAUAAUGUAAUUAAAAAAGAUAAUUGAUUUUCCCUCUUCUUUUGGUGUUUGUGCACAGAGGUGUCAAAUCUCACACAGGUAUGCAAAUCCGAGUAUAUGCAAAACAAAGUGUUGCUUUUCAUUCCAAAUUUGCUCCCCAUGUUUUGUUCCAUAAAACUGAUCAUUAGAAGUUUUAAAUGCACAAAAAUAUUCAUGUUUUGUAAGCAAAGGUUAAAAAAACAACUUAAAGCAGGAACAUGUUCUGCUUUCACAA